GAAAGAAAGCCUGCACAAGCGUGCGAGUACAUACCGGUACAUCUUUACUCUCGUAUAAUUCUUUUCUUCUUUUCUCUUCUUUCAUUUCCUCGAACACGCUGUUCGCCAGUGGACAUUAUCUGGCAUACAGUGCCGGUAUUGUGCAUCAAUUAGCCUCUGCAACUUUGACCGUGUUCGUCCUCGCUGUCGUGUCGUUCAUCUCUUUAUUGGACAGCUCUGUUGGUCGGGCCUGGAUUUGGCCAUUGGAAGGUAAUAAAUUCAACCUACGGUAGGGGCGAUUUGGGCGAGAAAAAUAAUAAUAAUAAUUUAAUAAUAAUCAUAAAAUAUUAUUAUUUAGUCUAAGGCAAGAAAAGGCCACUCGAGAGAAAAAAGGAAAAAUAGGAAAACUGACCCCAAAAAAAGUGCACGACCCCGUUUGCCUCCUCCAUUGUUACUGCUAUGAUACGUACCUCUUUCCUCUCUGUUGUCCACUUUUCCCCCCCUUCUUUUGCCCCACGAAACAUUCCUAGCAUAUCGGUUCGUGUCCCUUCGUUUUGCAUCCGUCCUUUCUUACUCCUGGUAGUACUGCUGGCUGGCUGGCGUUUCUUUGCCUCUAAAAUCCUACUGGAUAAUACAUUUCCUCUUCUCCCCCUUCCUCCGCACACGACAACGUACAAAGGAUAAAAAAUAGAAGAAACAUACCCCCCUCCCCCCGCAUCCCCGCUGUCAGCCAUACUAUCAUAUAGUAUCACCUGCUCCACCCCUUGGUUGACUCUCUCCACGCUCCGUCUCCGUCCAUUUAUCCAUCCACCCAUCCCUCCUCGACUAACUUGAUUCACACUCCCCUGUUGAACCGUUGAGAUUUCUAUCAUACCGCCCACACACCACAAACCCAUCCCUAAAAUCAAACCCCCAUCCUUCGACCUCCCUUUCUUAGUGUCAACCCUUAUCAAAUCACUUCUCCCCCCCCCAUCCUCUUGAAGGUCUCGUGGUCCACUCUCCCCCAUCCUGACCCGGCACUCUUUCCAUUACCGGCUCCCCCGGAUUCGUCUUCUUCCCAAAAGUUUGCUUUUCCGAUUGCUUGAUUCAUUCACUCCUUUGCUGUGUUUCCUUGGGUUCUUGAUACCCUUCCUUUCCUUAAAAAAAAAAACAUGCCCAGCACCCCUGCUACUUCACCAUCCCGGCCAAGGUCAGCACUCAAGCGUCUGCCGUCGUACAGAUCCCUUUCAUUCUCAACCAACAGGCUCUCUCUCUCUCACGUCACGCCGGACCCUACGAAUCGCUGCCCGCUGAACAAAACCGAUGGCUCCUCGAGGAUAGAGAACUUUUGUUCUCACCCCAUCAAGACCACCAGCAGUGGUGUUCGAAAGCUCCUACGAAAAGCUUCCCACUCACUUCGCUUUACACACUGCAAUGAAUUGUUGGACGGUAUGAAGAGAGACAAGUGUCCUGGUACUGGUACCCUAGGGGAUGGUGAGAGUGGCAUUGUUAUAGACGACAAGGACAAUGAUUGCUUCUACGCUAUUGAUACCACGGUAGCCAGGAAAGAUUUCGUUAAAUUCCUCCCUCCCGAGAUCUCUGCCCAUAUCUUCUCUUUCCUGGACCAUCAGAGCUUGGUAAAUUGCGAAUCGGUAUCCCAUGCCUGGAUGGUAGCUGCGCGCGAUCGUCAUGUAUGGCGCAACGUCUUUCAUGCUGAACACGGUCCGUGGAAGUCAAAGCCUGGGAAUGAUUGGAAGAGGAUGUUCAAGGUCAGACAGGAGCUUAAUCUCAGGUGGACGCAGGGCCGUGUUACCGCAAAAUAUCUCAAGGGACAUACCGACAGCAUCUAUUGCGUGCAGUUUGAUGAUAAGAAAAUUGUCACUGGUUCGAGGGAUAAAACCAUCAGGAUCUGGGAUAUUGCAACUGGGGAAUGCAUCAGGGUCCUCGGCCGGGGCUCUCGUUUUUCAUCACCACCGCCCGUUGCUAGCGGCGACAUUUCCACACCACGCACGAGUUUCUCGGACUAUCACAGGGCAUCAGUCCUUUGCCUCCAGUUUGACGACGAGAUACUCGUUUCUGGAUCAUCCGACCACACUUGCAUAGUUUGGUCUGUGCACACUUAUACGCCGUUGAUGCGACUCGCGCACCACACUGCUGGUGUGCUCGAUGUGUGUUUUGAUAAGAAAUAUAUUGCUUCAUGCUCCAAGGAUACCUCCGUUUGCAUCUGGGAUCGUAAGACAGGAAGGUUGUUUCGCCAACUUGCCGGGCAUCGAGGGCCGGUGAACGCGGUUGCCAUUCGUGGAAAUUUGAUCGUCAGUGCUUCGGGUGAUGCUUUGAUUAAAUUGUGGAAUGUAGAUACUGGAAAGUGUAUCCGGGAUUUCGUCGGUCAUGAUAGGGGCUUGGCGUGUGUUCAGUUCAGCGAAGAUGCUAGGACAAUUGUUAGUGGUGGUAACGACCAGGACAUUAGAAUUUGGGAUGCUGCUAGUGGGGAAUGCAUUAGGAUUUUGGUGGGACAUCAGUCUCUGGUUCGCACGCUGCACCUGGACUCCAGGAAUAGGCGGAUCAUCUCGGGAUCCUACGACCAGAGCGUAAAAGUCUGGGAUUUGGACUCGGGGAAGCUUGUCCUCGACAUCCAGCGGUUCCACUCCACCUGGAUUUUGUCCGCAAAGGCCGAUUAUAGGAGGAUUAUUAGUACUAGCCAGGAUAGCCGCACCCUGAUGCUUGAUUUCACCACCGGAAUGAAAGAUCUGGAGGUCUUGGAGUAGUAGUCAACCCUACUGCCCAAGAUUUGACUGCCGAAUGCGCGCUGUUGAGACACAGAUGCUGAGGAAAACAUGGGUUGUACGAUGCAAUGUUUAGUCUCCUUUGUUGGUUUCUAUAUUCGGUAUUUUAUUUCUUGUUUCUUCAGGUACCCUUUUUUCCACCAACUGGAACCCUCGAUCAUAGAUUUAAUCCACCGAAAGAGGGUCAGCUGGUUAUGGUGAUUGGUGUGGUGUCAACUGUACUUGCUUGUUUUAUCCUUUUAUUCUUCAUUGUCUAUCGAUAUCCCUUCUCUUUAACCUUCCUAGUCGGAACAGGGGCGUACCGGGUCGUUUUCUUCUAUUUUUUUUCUUAUUUUUUUUUUCCCUUCUGGUUCCGGUUGGUGGGAGGCAUUUUUGGUAUCUUUAUUUGGCAACUGCUUUAUUGUAGUUUUUUCUUCCUUUUUUGAAACUCCUGUCUAUGAAAUCCUUAUUCCCUCGUACCCCCCCCAACGUUUUCCUGGUUAUAUCUCCUUUCAUGAAUCUGGCGAAAUUAGAAAACGGAGGUGUUAGAGAUUAUUUUUACCUUUUUUUGCUCCCCUUUUAAUUCGAUAUUUUUUGUGCUUUUAACCUAUAGCACUAGUAUCUGGUGGCUGGCUUUCUCCUCUUUUUUUCUUUGGUACGCUUUCCAUCCUUUUAAUUCCUUUGUACCUAUGGCGGGGUCCGGUAUGGUUUGGUAGGUUGCCGGGUCAAGUGACUUGGUUCGGCAGAUGGCAUUGGUGUAUCAUACAAUACCUAUGUACGGUACUAUGGCGGGGUGGCGCUAAAGUAGUUGCACUCACAACGAGAUUGCACCGAAGGCGAGAUUCCUUACCGACAAACCGAUAAUCGAGGCGAGAAAAUUUCCCUUAAGGGAAAUAAUCUCGCUGUGGGUGCAAUCUUGUUGCGGGUACGACCGCUUUAACGGUUAGCUUGAGGAAUAUCGUAUUACAACCUUGUU